GUUGGGAGUUUAAUUGAAUUAGAUUAGAAAAAAUGAAAGUAUUCAGAAGUAAUGUGUAUAAAUUCAUGAUAUCACCAUAUUAAAUGGCUACCUGUACCUGUCUCCUGGAUCAGAAAUGGAGUCGUAUACUUGCUUUCCAUGCCCAUGCCUAUGUUUGUACCCUUAUCGAAUCUAGGCCCAGAAUAUCGGCACCCAGCAAAGCAGCCAUCAUCUCCCUUACCCUGGCCAAACCAUGUGCCCAAAAGUUGGUGGACCUUGGGAUCCACCUGAAUGAGAUGUUCACUCUUGAAGUGAAUGGUCUUGCCUCCUUGAUCAGAUGUACUAUGUAUAUAACAUCAUUGGUGGACUUUAGAAUGUAACUUGCCAAGGUAUAUGAUCACUGUUCUGCUAAAAUGAUGGUCCAAUAUGAAGUCAAUUUUACUGCAAUGGACACCAAAAGCUGCUACUGAAGUUAAAAAACUGAAACUGGAAAUGUCUAAAGAUGGUGAACCGACGAAACCAACCCUGUGUGUCAAGCUGCACAUUCUACCCUUGCUUGUGUACAUGGGUGAACCACAGCUUAGCUAUGAUCAAUCAUCCGAUUUUGACCAAGGAGGAUCUAUUUCUUCUAUAGAAGCAUCCUUGAUCAUGUCAGAAAGGGCCUCUGCACCUUUUAUCUGUGAGGAAUUGUCAUUUUCUUGUGAAAUUGGUCACCAUAGGGAUGCUGGUUUCAUUACCAAGAAUAUGGAUAUUACAAUUAGAGAAGUCAUUGUGAACCUAAAUGAGGACUUGCUUCUCAGAAAAAAGACUCCAUCAGAAACCUUUCUUCAGGCAGAUACAAUUGGAGAACCUAUUGUGGACUCUGGACCAGCUAAAGAUUCACAAAAGAAACAAAAAGCACUUUUGUCACUUAAAAAGCACACUAUUGUGUUUCCAGAAAAGGUUAGCUUGAACUUACCAAAACUGGAUCUGAGAUUUGUGCACCGUGGGCAAGAUCUUGUUGUUGAGAAUAACAUAAUGGGAAUUUACCUGAGAAGCAACAAAUCACAGUCCAAUGAAGAUAUGGGGGAGAGCACGCAUUUUGAAGUUCAAAUGGGUUUCAGUGAACUUCAUAUUCUCAGGGAAAGUGGGACCUCUGUCUUGGAGAUACUGAAAUUUGCUGUAGUUUCUUCUGUUUAUGUUCCAGUACAGCUGGAAACAUCUAUUAGAGCUGAAAUUGAUAUCAAGCUUGGUGGUGCUAAGUGCAACAUCAUCACAAGUAGAUUAAUUCCAUGGGUGCGUCUUCACUUGUCAAAAAAGAAAAAAAUGGUACUUCGUGAUGAAAACUCUAAACUUGAGAAGCCACAGACAACAGAAACCAAGGCCACUGAAACAAAGGCAAUCUUGUGGAAUUGUAAAGUUUCAGCCCCAGAGAUAACUAUUGUGCUUUAUAGCAUCAGUGGUUCACCCUUAUACUAUGGAUGUUCACAAUCUUUACAUAUGUCUGCAAAUAAUAUUGGAAGCACAGGUGUUGCACUGCUUAUGGAACUUGGUGAGCUAUAUUUGCGGAUGACAGAUGAACAUCAAGAAUUGUUGAAGGAAAGCCUGUUUGGUAUGGAAACAAAUUCGGGAUCCCUGGUGCAUGUAGCAAAGGUUAAUCUGGAUUGGGGGAAAAAGGACAUGGAAUCAGUUGAAAAGAAUCCCAAUAAGCAUAAAUUGGUUCUCUAUGUUGAUGUGACUGGAAUGGGUGUAUACUUUAGCAUUCAACGUGUUGAAUUUCUUAUAUCAGCAGCCAUGUCCUUUCAAAAGCUCUUUAAAAGUAUGUCUGCUCCAGGGAAAAGAAUGAAACAGAACAUCACUGGGCGUUCUGCCAAGUCGUCAGGAAAAGGGACCAGGCUCUUGAAACUUCAUCUUGAACGAUGUUCAGUAAUUUUCUGUGGUGAUGUUGGUGUUGAAAAUACUACUGUUGCAGACCCCAAGCGUGUAAAUUAUGGAUCACAGGGUGGUGAGGUUGUAAUCAGUGUCUUAGCUGAUGGUACACCACGCAGGGCAAACAUAAUAUCCAUGACACCCAAUGAUUGCAAACACCUGAACUAUUCUAUAUCUCUUGACAUCAUUCAUUUCAAUUUGCGUGUGAACAAGGAGAAACAAUCCAUACAGAUGGAGAUCGAAAGAGCCAAGUCUAUUUACCAGGAAUUUUUGGAGGAACAUAGGUCUAGUGCAGAAGUUACCUUGCUUGAUAUGCAGAAUGCAAAGUUUGUACGCCGUUCUGGUGGACUUAGUGAGGUUAUCUGCUCCCUUUUCAGUGCAACUGAUAUUUCUGUCAGGUGGGAACCUGAUGUUCAUUUAUCACUAAUUGAACUUAUGCUGCGCUUGAAGUUAUUGGUGCAGAAUGAGAAGCUUAAGGAGAUUAAUAGUAGUGAUAUGAAGGAAGAAAUAUCAGGUGGGAAAACCUUGGAACCAGAAAAAGAAACUAAAGUUGACCAUAGACCAUCUGAUAAGGAACAAAAAAGAAGAGAAUCUGUUUUUGCUAUUGAUGUGGAUAUGUUGAAUAUAUCUGCUGGUGCGGGUGAUGGUGUAGAAGCAGAAGUUCAGGUGCAGUCAAUUUUUUCUGAGAAUGCCCGAAUUGGAGUACUAUUGGAAGGACUUAUGGUUAGUUUUAAUGAAGCCAGAAUCUUCAAAAGUAGCCGAAUGCAAAUUUCCCGUAUUCCUAAUGCAUCAAAUAGUUCAUUUGAUUCAAAAGUCCAGGCAAUCAUGACAUGGGAUUGGGUUAUUCAAGGAUUUGAUGUUCAUAUUUGCAUGCCUUAUCGGCUGCAAUUACGUGCUAUUGAUGAUGCAGUUGAGGAUAUGUUACGAGGUCUGAAGCUUAUAACAAAUGCUAAAACUAAUAUUUUAUUUCCAAUAAAGAAAGAAAGCUCAAAACCAAAAAAGUCUAGUUCAGAAAAGUUUGGAUGUAUUAGAUUCUGCAUACGUAAGCUCAAGGCAGAAAUUGAAGAAGAGCCAUUGCAGGGUUGGCUUGAUGAACAUUAUCAUCUGAUGAAGAAUGAGGCCUGUGAAUUAGCUCUUAGAUUGAAGUUUCUUGAUGACCUAGUCUCAGAAAGCAGCCAAUCUUGUGAAGUUUCUGAAUCAAAUGAACCUUGUCUUCAAAGAAAGAUUUAUUAUGAUGGAACUGAGAUCAAUUUGCAGGAUGCUUCAGCUGUAGAAAAAGUUCAAGAAGAAAUUCAUAAACAAACUUUCCAAUCUUACUACCAGUCAUGUCAGAAUCUGGUUCUAACUGAAGGAUCAGGUGCCUUUAAGAAAGACUUCCAGGCUGGGUUCAAGUUUAGUACUUCUAGAACAUCCCUUCUGUCCGUUUGUGCUACAGAGUUGGAUGUUACAUUGAAAAAAAUUGAAGGUGGUGAUGUUGCGAUGAUAGAGAUUAUAAAGAAACUUGAUCCUAUCUGCCAAGAAAAGGAUAUACCAUUUUCCCGACUGUAUGGAAGUAACAUUAAUUUGCAUGCUGGAUCUCUUGUUGCUCAGUUGAGAAAUUACACAUAUCCACUUUUUUCUGCAACUUCUGGUAAAUGUGAAGGUCGCAUUGUGUUUGGUCAGCAGGCGACAUGUUUCCAACCCCAAAUUCAACAAGACGUGUUCAUUGGGAGAUGGAGGAAGGUGCGCAUGAUGCGCUCAGCAAGUGGGACAACACCACCUAUAAAAACAUAUGCAGAUUUGCCACUAUAUUUCCAAAAGGGAGAAAUUUCCUUUGGUGUUGGUUUUGAACCAUCUUUUACCGAUAUUAGCUAUGCUUUUACAGUGGCUCUCCGCAGAGCUGAUCUAAGCGUUAGGAGUUCUGAUCCCAAUUUUAAUAACCCUAAUGCUUCAGAUGCUUCACAAACUUCUAACAUCAAUCUUCCUGAAACUCAGCCACCUAAAAAGGAGCGCAGCUUACCUUGGUGGGAUGAAGUAAGAAACUAUGUUCAUGGGAAAAUAAGCUUAUGUUUUUCUGAGACCAGAAUAAAUGUUCUUGGGACAACAGACCCUUAUGAAAAGCAUGACAAACUGCAAGCUGUUACUAAGUUAAUGGAAAUCCAGCAGUCAGAUGGGCAUGUCAAUGUUUAUGCAAACGAGUUCAAAAUUUUUUUGAGCAGUUUGGAGAGUUUCACAAAGAACUGCAGCUCAAAACUUCCUCCUGGUGUGGGUUGUGCUUUUCUGGAAUGCCCUUACUUUAGUCUUGAGGUUACCAUGGAGUGGGAAUGUGAGUCUGGAAAUCCUCUUGAUCAUUAUUUAUUUGCCCUUCCCAAUGAAGGUGAACCUCGUAAGAAAGUUUUUGAUCCCUUUAGAUCAACUUCCCUCUCUCUCCGUUGGAACUUUUCUCUUAGACCCUCUGUUCCACCAUCUGAGAAACAAUCCCAUUCCAUCACCAAGGCAGACGGAGUGGGUAUGGAUGGAACUGUUUCUGAUUCUCUGUGCAAACCUGUUAAUGUUUCAACUGAUAUGACAAAGCUGAAUUUUGGUUCUUAUGAUUUAUGUUGGGUUUUCAAAUUCUGGAACUUGAAUUAUCUUCCUCCUCUCAAGAUACGUUCUUUUUCUCGAUAUCCUCGUUUUGGAGUCCCAAGAGUUCCCAGAUCAGGGAACUUGUCUUUAGACAAAGUGAUGACAGAAUUUAUGCUCCGUUUAGAUAUAACACCACUAUGUAUUAGACAUGUUUCUUUAGAAGAUGAUGAUCCUGCCACUGGAUUUACAUUUAAAAUAGCAAAGCUAAGAUGUGAACUCGGUUAUGGUCGUGGUAGGCAAAAAUUUACUUUUGAUUGCAAGCGAGAUACACUUGAUCUUGUUUACCAGGGCAUUGACCUUCACAUGCCCAAGGCAUAUUUCGAUAAAGAAGAUUACAUAUGCAUUGAAAAGGAGGUUCAAAUGGCGAGGAAAAAUGUGCAAUCUGCAUCAACUGAUAGAGUCAACAAUGAAAAAUCCAACUAUGUGGGUGGUUACACAGAGAAACAUCAUGAUGAUGGAUUUCUGUUAUCUUUUGAAUAUUUUACAAUCAGGAGGCAAACUCCAAAGGCCGACCCUGUGAAGUUGUUAGCUUGGCUGGAAGCUGGAAGGAAAAAUCUUGAGAUGAAAUUUGACAAGUCAGAAUUUAAAAAUGGGAGCGACAGUGAUGACCCUACACAAUCUGACCAUAGUGAUGAUGACGGAUUUAAUGUGGUAGUAGCUGACAAUUGUCAGCGUGUGUUUCUUUAUGGUCUUAAGGUUUUGUGGACUCUUGAGAACAGAAAUGCUGUUUUGUCCUUGGGUCGUGGAAUAAUUAAGGCAGUUCAGCCUCCAAAACCUUCUCCUUCUAGACAGUAUACGCAGAGGAAAUUGCUUGAGAAGCAGGUAAUUGAUGGUGCUGAGGUACAGCAAGAUGAUGUCUCUAAGCCUUCAACUUCUGCCAUACAGGCUACAAAUCCCCCUGCUCAACAACAUGUGGAGACUGUAGGAUCAACUUCAUCACCUUCAGAUUUGGUUAAAGAGGAAAACUCAACUUCUGAUCCAGUUGCAGCCAAGAAUGGAAACACUGAUGACUUGGAGGAAGAGGGAACACUGCAUUUCAUGGUGAAUGUUAUUCAACCUCAGUUCAAUCUUCACUCAGAAGAAGCUAAUGGAAGAUUUCUGUUUGCUGCAGCUAGUGGCCGAGUCUUGGCCCGUUCAUUUCAUUCAGUUGUUCAUGUUGGUUUUGAGAUGAUUGAAAAAACACUUGUUACUGGAAGCGUGUCUGCUCCUGAGUCACAACCAGAAAUGACAUGGAACCGCGCAGAGUUAUCUGUGAUUCUGGAGCAUGUGCAAGCUCAUGUAGCACCAACAGAUGUUGAUCCAGGGGCUGGAAUUCAAUGGCUACCAAAAAUCCUUAGAAGCUCUCCAAAAGUAAAGCGUACUGGUGCUUUACUUGAAAGAGUGUUCAUGCCUUGCACAAUGUAUUUUAGAUAUACAAGACACAAAGGUGGAACUGCAGAUUUGAAGGUGAAGCCAUUAAAGGAGCUCUCCUUCAACUCUCCUGAUAUAACUGCCACAAUGACAUCUCGCCAGUUUCAGGUUAUGGUGGAUGUACUGACAAAUCUUCUUCUAGCACGUGCUCCCAGGCCUCAGAAAAGUAACAUUUCAUACCUUGCUGAUGAUGAUGAAGACACUGAAGAAGAGGCAGAUGAGGUGGUCCCAGAUGGUGUGGAAGAGGUAGAACUUGCAAAAAUAGAACUUGAACAAAAAGAACGAGAGCGGAACUUGUUGUUUGAUGAUAUUAGGAGAUUGUCUGCUUGUAGUGAUGCAUCUGGGAAUACAGGCUUUUCUCCAGAAAAGGAAGAAAAUUUGUGGAUGCUGACUUGUGGAAGAUCCACACUGGUUCAAUUCCUAAAGAAGGAGCUUGGAAACACUCAAAAAUCUCGUAAAGCAGCAUCUGUGUCAUUAAGGAUGGCUUUGCAAAAAGCUGCACAAGUACGGUUGAUGGAGAAGGAAAAGAAUAAAAGCCCUUCCUGCGCCAUGCGUAUUUCUUUGAGAAUCAAUAAAGUGGCAUGGAGCAUGCUUUUGGAUGGUAAAUCUUUUUCUGAGGCCGAGAUAAAUCACAUGACAUACGAUUUUGAUCGUGAUUACAAGGAUCAUGGUGUUGCUAAGUUCACAACUAAGUCAAUUGUUGUGAGAAACUGUCUUCCUAAUGCCAAAUCUGAUACACUGUUAUCAGCAUGGAAUCCUCCUUCUGAAUGGGGAAAAAAUGUAAUGCUUCGAGUAGAUGCAAAGCAGGGAGCUCCAAAGGAUGGAAACUCUGUCAUUGAACUGUUCCAGGUAGAAAUCUAUCCUCUGAAGAUACAUUUGGCAGAAACAAUGUACAGAAUGAUUUGGGCAUAUUUCUUCCCAGGAGAGGAACAUGACUUACAAAAGAGACAGGAAGUUUGGAAAGUGUCUACAACUGCUGGUGCAAAACGUGUCAAGAAAGGAACAUCUUCCCAUGAAGCAACUGCAUCAAGCAGUCACUCAACAAGAGAAUCUGAUGCUUCUUCAAAAUUGGGUGGCCCUGCAGCAUCCCUUGCUACUUCUGGUGGUAGCCAGCUUUCAUCUCACUCUGAUUUCUCCCAAGUGUCAAAGCUGCAAAACUCAAAAGCAAACACUGUAGGUGGCUCAACCCCAGAGCUAAGGAGAACAUCUUCAUGCGACAGAACAUGGGAAGAGAAUGUGGCUGAAUCUGUAGCUAAUGAAGUUGUAUUACGUGUUAAUUCUUCCUCAAGAAAUGGGCCACUGAAUUCAAUACCAGACCAUCAAGAGGAGAAAAGAGAAAGUUGGAAAGACAAAAUGACAAUGCCAAUUAAACCUGGUCGUUCAUCCAAUGAAGAAAAGAAAGUUGGAAAGACUCAAGAUGAGAAAAGAGAUAGACCUCGCAAGAUGAUAGAAUUUCAGAAUGUCAAGAUAAGUCAGGUUGAAUUGCUGCUUACUUAUGAGGGAUCUAGAUUUGCAGUAAGCGAUCUGAGAUUGCUGAUGGAUCCAUUUCAGCGUGUUGAUUUCAUUGGCUCAUGGCCGAGACUGUUCUCACGAGUUAAGAAGCAUAUCAUCUGGGGAGUCCUAAAAUCUGUAACAGGAAUGCAGGGUAAGAAGUUCAAAGGUAAAGGUCAUAACCAAAAAGAAGCUACUGCAGUAGCUAUUCCUCUUGAUGACCUUAAUCUUAGUGACAGUGAUGGAGAUCAGGCAGGGAAAUCUGAUCAGCUCCCUAUCGCCUUUCUCAAGAAACCCACUGAUGGAGCAGGUGAUGGAUUUGUUACCUCCAUUAAGGGUCUUUUUAGUUCACAGCGUCGUAAAGCCAAGGCAUUAGUCUUGCGGACCAUGAGGGGUGAAGAAGAUAAUGAAUUCCAUGGUGAAUGGAGUGAAAGUGAUGCUGAGUUCUCACCUUUCGCAAGGCAACUGACCAUAACAAAAGCCAAGAAGCUAAUCAGGCGACAUUCAAAGAAGUUGGGGAAGAAAGGUUCAGCAUCUCAAGAGGGAGGAGAUUCACAUCCAUCAACUCCAAGGGAUGAAGUAACAUUUGAAAGUGAUUCCACAAGUGGCUCUUCACCCUCUGAUGACCCUCAUGAGGAGGGAAAAACAUUUUCAUCUUGAGGAGUUGGUGCAGGACAUACCACAUGGAGUACGUAUUUUGCCUUAAUUAAUAGCAGUAUAGAGGUGAAAUUAUUUGUUCAACUUGGAAGUAUUUCUUGGAUGAAGAUUUGAUAUUCUGCGGGGUGAUUUUCUAAUAAAAGCAAGCUGAAUUUAGCAUGCAAAGUGAAGGUAUGCUUUCAUGAUAAUUUAGUGAAAGCAUGUCAGAUGAAGCCUCCCUCUUAUGUAUCGUUAUGGGUGCACAAUGGAGUGAUUUCUUUUCCUUCUGCAUCUGUUCGUGUAUAUAAUUUUUUAUCCUAUGUCUUGAAGGAAUUUCUGGGAUCCAGGAAUUCCGCAAUUUUGUAAGUACAUUUAUUCAUAGGGAAAUAAAAAUAAA